AAGUGGCAUGGAAAUGUGAAAAACUGAGCUUAAGGCUAGAAAAAGGAGAAACUGACACUGACAGAUUUGCCCCUCCCUCAAAAGGAAGAAAUGCAAAGUGUUGGCACCUCAGAAGGGCUGAGAAUGGAAGGCUCGCAUGAGAGGAGAGGCUUCUGCAGCUGCCUUGGCUCCAGGCCUGGAUGGGUAGUGACUUGCACCUUUUUCUACCGUUUUCUUCUACUGUGUAAUAACAUCCAAGCCUUGUGGGUCACAUCGAGCCCUGCAGGAACUCAAGUGAAAUUAGGACAGAAUAUGGGCCAUUAAUUUGAAGACUAACCUGAACUUAAAUGAGGUCAGUGCUGCUGAUUCCCAGCCUUGUUUUAAAGUGCUGCUGGCAGACUAGUGGAAGAGAAUCACUUCGGACUAGUAAAUUGUGCUCUGGAACUUCAGUCCGGCAGAUAUUGCAGACACACCUGAUUAACCUUGAAUUCCAACCAAUUUUCAUAGAAUCAUAGCGCUGGAAGGGACCCACAACCCCCCUUCAGUUAUUCUAUUAUUGUUAAUUUCACCUCAGGUGGGUGGUCCUGCAUACCUGACAUAGUUGGCCCUCAGGGGUGGGGAAGGGAGAUAUGUCCUGAACUGUAUUGAACCCACCAUGCUCACCACUUCCUGCAGGAUUCGGGAACUGGCUGGUGCACCAAAACGGAGCAGGAUAGAACUUUCUGUGUCUCAGCUGAUGUGCAGAGGGUUCAAUCCUGCUUUCUGCAGGAUCAGUCAUGCCAGCCAGUUGCUUCCUGGUGCACACAAACCAAUCAGGAUUGAAAUCGCUGCACAUCAUCUGAUGCAUGGGGAGCUAUCCUACUUUAUACAAACGCAUCUGUACCUGCCCUGGUGCCACAUAUCACAUCUGGUGUGAGGCAUGUGGGCAUGUUUGUGGGACAACGGAAAUUCUGGUGGGCAAAGUCUGGCUCACAAGCCAGAAGAUCCCCAUCCCUGCUUUGGAGUCCAGCUAAAUUAUUUUAGUCUGGCCUUUUUGCUGGGUGUCAUCUCUCCUUGUAGGGAAUAAACUAGGAAAAGGCUGUGGGAUUUCUUGCUUUAAAAGUUGCUUAUGUUCAUGUUCAUAAAAAAAAAAAGAGAAUGAUCAGAUUACUCAGUACUGAGGGAGAUUAUAAAAAGAUAUUUAAACUGAGUAUACAAAACACACACACACACACAAAACCCCCAAAACCCACAUACCUGAAGCUUUUCUGCUAGGGAUUAUAGGUAUAGAAAUAAUAAUAGUAAAAAAAGAUGGUCAGGUUGUUUAUGUAUGUAACUACAGCAGCUAGGUUCCUUUAUGCUCAGAAAUGGAAAGAUGAAGAAGUUCCCACAAAAGAAGAAUGGAUAAGUAAAGUGAUAGACUAUGUUAAGUCAGUGAAGCUAACAGCUAAUGAUUUUUAAAAAUAAAAUAAAAAGAAUGGAAGCUUUUCUCAGAUUAUUUAAAGAAAUACUACAACAUGAAGAACCCGCAAGCAGGUUUUGAACUAUGAGCAACAGAACACUUAAAGAUUAUUGUGUUAUGACUAUGCUAAAAAAAGAGGUAAGACAGGCUGCAGCAAAGGGGGAGAUAAGAAAAACAUCACAGAAAAUGGGAUAAUACAAAUAUAAUAUAAAGUCGAUAAUAUAAAUGGAAUUUAAAAAAAAAUACCGAGGAAAGCAAAUACCUACCACCACAGCAGCAGCAGCAGCAACAACAAUCAAUCCAUUUCCCAAUACUGUGCAUGUAAGGAAUCCAAAGUUCCACUUGGAAGAAUAUUCUUAUUGGAAGUAAUUGACUGGAGUUUAUAGGAAAUUCGGGGACCACAAACCAGAGCAGAGAUUAUGGGGCAAAAGGGAAGGGGAGUCCGUAACCAAAUUAUUGUAAUCCCUGUACUGACGGUAGCUAAGGGGAUUUGUAUUCUGUAAGGAAUGGGGCCCCGGCUGCCUUAAUUCACACACUGAACACAAACCUCUUCUGACUGCCCUGUUCUGCUUCCUCUCCCUGCCGCCUACAAGAGUCUCUUUUACUGAAUUUGAAUUUCCACCCUUGACUGCCACUAAAUGAAAGACUGCAUCUAACUGCUCAUUCUCUUGCUCCUCGCACUACUCUUCCUGAGAGCCUGUCUGUCUGCUAACAUGCACCUUGCCUAAGGUCCCAGAGCAAAGAGUGCGCAGAGAUAAGGAAGGAUUCUCACCAAAGCCGAGCAGGAACAGGAGCAACAGCAGCCACAGUGAGCUCAAAGGCAGAAAGAGCAUCCAGCAGCAGCAGCAACAGCGGAGAAAUCCCAGGUCUUGUAUUCAUCCCAUAUAAAGCCUCAUCCAAAUCCUAGCCAGCACAAGAGGGUCUUGUGCUUGGGGGGUAGCAUAGAGAAGCUGAUGAGCUCCUAAAAAAUAGAGGGGAGGGGAGGUGGGCUUGUUAUAUGAGAGUCCACUUGGCAAAAAGUGUAGUAGGUGAGAACUGGCUGGCUUUGAGUGGCAGUCUGAAAAGCAAAGUGGGUGGGGGAAAUGCCAGGCUGCCGGUAGGAAUCUUGGAAAGGAGUGAAAGGUUGAGCAUUGCUCCUUUGAGCUGAAGAUCUGGUGGAGAUCCUGGGGGUUGGGGAGCCAACAGCGUUUGCUUCUGAGUUUCAAGAAGGAGAGGAGCAGGGAUAUGAUGGGCCGGUGGUGAUGUAGCAGAAGGUGAACACUCUGGACGCUGGAGGACUGCAGGUAGGCAUGGAUGAGCUUUACUUGCGAAGAGGAGGACGUGUUGGUGCAUCAGCCAUGACUAAUGAUACCCUCAAUAAAGAAGGCCGAGCAGAGGAAGAGCACUCAGAGAUGUCCCUACAAGUGGUGUUGGCCACUUUGCUCCUCCUCCUCAUCCUCUCCACCCUACUGGGAAACACCCUUGUAUGCAUGGCAGUGGUCAAGUUCAGGCACCUGCGCUCAAAAGUCACCAAUUUGUUUGUCAUCUCCCUGGCUGUUUCGGACCUCUUGGUAGCCAUGCUGGUGAUGCCGUGGAAGGCGGUCACUGAAGUGGCUGGCUUCUGGCCCUUUGGCAGCUUCUGUGAUGUCUGGGUGGCUUUUGACAUCAUGUGCUCCACGGCUUCGAUCCUCAACCUGUGCAUAAUCAGUCUGGACCGCUACUGGGCCAUCUCCAGCCCCUUCCGCUAUGAGCGGAAGAUGACCCAGCGAGUGGCUUUUGUCAUGAUUGGGGUGGCUUGGAUGCUUUCCGUCUUGAUCUCAUUCAUACCCGUCCAGCUGAGAUGGCACCAAGCCAAGGAGCUUCCUCCUGCCCACCAGAGAGACUUCAACAUCACCUGGAACUCAGAGGAAAACUGUGACUCCAGCCUCAACAGGACCUAUGCUAUUUCCUCCUCCCUCAUCAGCUUCUACAUCCCUGUUGUUAUCAUGAUCGUGACAUACACCAGGAUCUUCUGCAUUGCUCAGCGACAGAUAAGGAGGAUCUCCUCUCUAGAGAGGGCCGUGGAACACGCCCAGAGCUGCCAAAGCAACGAGUGUCCCCAUGAAGUGUCCUUGAAGAAUUCCUUCAGAAAAGAAACUAAGGUCCUCAAGACCCUCUCCAUUAUAAUGGGGGUCUUUGUCUUCUGCUGGCUUCCUUUCUUUGUGCUCAACUGCAUCAUCCCCUUCUGUGACCACAACCUGCAUCAGCUGGCAGAACUGCCGUGUGUCAGCGACACAGUUUUCAACAUCUUUGUUUGGUUUGGCUGGGCAAACUCUUCUCUCAACCCCAUCAUCUAUGCCUUCAAUGCUGACUUCCGAAAGGCCUUUACAACCAUCCUGGGCUGUGGCCGCUUCUGCCCCAACAAUGCUGUGGAGACGGUGAACUUCAGCAAUGAGCUGGUUUCAUACCAUCACGACACCACCUGCCAGAAAGACCUGGUGGUCUUGAGUGACCCACAGCUUCUGCCUCACACCAUGUCCCUCCAAGGGGAGGAUAAUGAUUUGACUUUUGACAAAGUCUCUGAGAUCUCACGUGAUACCUCCCAUGAUAACAAGGGAGCUGCUUUGUCAGCUAUAGUGCAUGUGGAGUAUGAUACCGAUACGUCACUAGAGAAGAUCGCCUAUAACACGCUGGAUUAAAAAAGGCAGGCAGGAGGCUGUGUGAAGGGGGAUGGGACACAACGAGAGAGCCUCUUCACAUUUAGUCCAAAUUCUGUGUCGUGUGAUGGGGAGGGGUUGAUGGAGAGGGGGAUUUUUUUGGGGAGGGGGUGACAAAUAACUGACUCUUUGACUGGAAAUGAAUGUGUUUGCAGAUGAUGCUCUCAGAGCCUGGAGAUAUAUCCAAGAGGGAGACUAAGGUACAGCAUGGAUGCAGAACAUUUGUGAUCCUGAGGGGCAAGGUUCCAAGGGCCACAUACCAGUGGUGGGCAGGGCCAGAAGUGGGCAGAAGUGGGUGGAGAACUGGAUGUGCAUUGUACCUUCGUAUAGUAGGCUAAUUUCUGCACACCCCUCUAUCCUCCAUCCAGGCAAGCAAGAGACAUUAUCAAGCUGUCAAGGACACAAUCCAGCCAGACAAAAGCACCCAAGGUGGGUGCCUAGUGAAAACAAUUUAAUACGUUCUACAGUGGAAGUGCAGGCAUCUUUGAUGGAAACAAUAUGCACAGAAAGCUUGUCUGUAGUACUGAAUGGCUUCUAUGCUUAGAAGAUAGUUCUGAAGUUUUAACAUUGUCUUUUCGUCACCAUGUUGAUCAUUCUCAAGUUAAAAAUGGCAGAAUAGUGACAAUGGGACAAAGAUGAUCAAGCUAAGAACAGUAAACAAAAGGCCUUUCUGAUGUAAGAAUCAUGGCGUCCUAAACCAUGAUGUUGACUUGGAUGCUGUGACCCUAGUGACAAAAAACCACGGUUCCUUGUUGCAUCCACAACAGGAUCCAGUGAUUUCACAUUGGCUUAUGAACCAGAAACAAGCUAUGGAUUAAGUUCCAGGUUAGUAACCCAACAGUAAACCUCACUUUCUCGAUUCUAGUUUUUAGAGGCCAGAACUAAAUUGCCAUAACUGGUGUGUGACUGAAGGUGACAGAGAUGGAGAAAGCGCCUGCUGUUUGAUCCCAGCUUAAUAAACUAUGUGAUUUUACUGCUUUAUAAAGGUUACACGUGAAGUGGCCAAAAGGGUUCCUAAAUUGUUAUAACUCUAUUGCUUUUGAAGUAACAAAUUCCUUCUCUUUUUCUAGUGUGAGACAUAACUGCUUUCCAUCUUCAUUUACAUUUAUUAAAAUUUUGGGAAACACACACAUUUCCUUUCUUUCUAAGAACCUUUCCCAAUGGAUGCUGUUUGCAGACAAUAAAUGGGUCCAAGUUAAUAAUUUGUUACACAAUCCCUCUCCAUAUACUAUUUUCCCCAAGGUAUUUUACUAUUUGGGCUUGUCAGUUCCUUGUUCCAAGAGACUCAGGGUGGUCUAUAUGGAUGUUUUAAUUUUAUCCUCACAACAACCUAAUCUAUCUCACACGUGAAUGUCAUAGCACAAGGAGGAUUUGAACCCAGGUUUCCCUGAUCCAACCCCAAUAUGAGCCACUACAUCAUGUUGGUUUAUGAAUUUUCUCUGUGAUUCAGCUGUGGUAUUUUGUCACCUGUAAAAAUUAACUCAUCCUGGCAUUAUGACAUCUUUUGGGAUUGUAUAUAUGUAUAUAUGUUUUCUUUUCGUGGUGUGUGUGUAUAUACACACACACACACACACACCCUUAAAUACACAUGAGGAACACAUAUGUAGGAUGAACACGUUUUUAUGGUUUCCAGCAAGUGGCGUUCAGAAGCAGUGUUGCCUCCAGCGUGGCUAGUAGCCAUUGACAGCAGUAUCCUCUAUGCAUUUGUCUAAUCCACUUUUAAAGCCAUUCAGAUUGGCUUUCCCUCAAAGUCUGAUUGUCUCAUUGAAAUCUGAUUUCAUAGGUUUAACCAAUUAAUAUCUUUUUGCAUUGUAUACCUUGUAAACAGCUCAGAGAUUAUUGUAGUUAAGCAGUAUGUAAAUUGUUUAAAUAAAGAAAGUAUUGUGGAAA